UGCGGAGUCUCUCAAACGGGACAGAGAUCCCUGGACCCCCAAGGAGAUGUGCUCGAUUUCGACCGAGUCAUCGGAGGAACUCCGGUCCCCUCUCAAAAGAAAUAUCCCUGGAUGGCGUGGAUGGGGCCUAGCAAAUAUACUUCCAUCUGCGGAGCCUCCCUUAUCAACAGUCGACGAGUAAGCGCAUCUUUCUUUGUACGUUUUGGCUUUGAACUAAAGCCCGAUAAGAUGCCGAUCAUCUCCUCAUCUUCUUGCGUCAGCCCUUCCGGAACCUAUUGGGUCACACUGGGAUCCCUGUAUAAGUUCAAGUGGCCAGCCGGUCAAUCCUAUCAGGUUACAGCGAAAGCCAUCAUGCAUCCACAAUAUGACCCGGAUAUCAUCAUUAAUGACAUCGCCUUACUACAACUCACAACGCCAGUGAACUUCAUAGAGUAUCCCAACAUCCGUCCCAUUUGUACUUCACCCCUGGCAAAUCCCUCUCCGGGAUCGACAGUGACGAUCACUGGAUGGGGCAUUAUUCAGGAGAACAGUAAAAAAAAAUCUCCGCAAUUGAAUGAAGCUGCAUUGACAAUUAUUAGUCAAAAGACAUGUUCGAGAUGGUUCUCUGACAUCACCAACAAGCAGAUAUGUACCCUGACGCCGGGACGAAAUACUUGCAGCGGAGAUUCAGGAGGGCCUUUGAUGUACCAAACUUCAACUGGAUAUUAUGAGCAUGUUGGCAUCGUCUCUUACGGGGAUAUAGGUUGUGUUACUGAACACGGCGGUGUCUUCACGAGGACAUCAAGUUACGUGAACGACUUCAUCAUGAAGUACGCCACCGACGGCGAGUGGUGCCCAGCACCCUAAUUUGGGGCCUCGUCUCUUCUUCUUCCAAGAUCAUAUGGUUCAAUGUACCUUAAUACUAUAAUAAAAAUUCCUUCCUUCAUUCCAUAUAGGC